AGCCCCGUGUUUAUUAUUUUAUUACUAUUAUAAAGUAUAAGUGCAACAUAACCCUCGGCUACACAUGUAAGCUGUGAUGUUGAGUUACAAUAAGAGCUCUCUAGGAAGCAGUGUUCAAGUGUGUUGUAUCUUGCAGGUUCCUCAACACCUCUGUCUGACAGCGGAGGCCUGCUGGAAGCUCUGCUGGGGGGAGAGGACACAGCCGAACUUCAGAUGUCCAUGGGACACAUCCCACACGUUGUCAUGUACCUCUCACUUAAACUGGACUCCGCGUCACCGCAGGAAGAGGAGGAGAUCUUGUACCAGUACCCCGUGUCUGAGGCCUCCGGCCAGCUGAAAGGAGUGAGGGGCAUCUUCCUUACUUUGUGUGACAUGCUGGAGAAUGUCACAGGAGGGCCAAUACUCAGUUCUUCUCUCCUGCUUGGGAAACAGCUGGUUCAUGUGGGCUACUGGAAGGAAAGCAGCAACCUGUUGGUCAUCGGUCUUCCUGCUGAGAGGGUUCCACUGUUGUAUUUGCAGACGGUGGUGGGAGACGUAGUCCGGACUCUAAAGGUCAUGUACGGCUCCUUAGACAAUGCGUUCUGUAAAGUGGACCAUGCACCCAGGUUGGACCACUUCUUCUGCCUGUUCUUCCAGCAGCUCAUCCAGCCGUCUCGCUUGAGGGAUGGCUCCUCAGCGCCGACCCCCAAUGUCUCAGGGACCCUUUUUCUUGACGGACUGCCGGCGGUCCGAUGGCUGACGCUGCCUCCGGAAAUCAAGAUGGAGGUGGAUACUGUUCUCUCUGAUUUUGAGUCUUCUGAUUUUGGAGAAAUGUCCGAGGACUUUUGUGGCCUGAGGCGUCUGUAUGUAAUUCUUGGCUCCUGUUUGUUCUACAAGUCCUACCUGAUUGCCAACCACCUGCCUAAAGAGGAGCUGCUGGAUGUGAGCCUGUACUGCCAGCACUACUGCCUGCUGGCGUCUGAGCCGCGGGUGGGUCAGCUGGUCAUCUGGAGGGAGGUGUUUCCCCAACAGAGCGCUAACAGCAGCAGCACAGUGCCGGGCUACAGCCAGCCUCAAGGACGUCACUUCCUCCUCAUAGUGGGAUUGAGGCACUUCAUGCAGUGUGUGCUGUUGGAGGCAGGUGGCUGUGCUUCUCCAGCUUUGGGCUCUACAGGACCCGAUUGUGUUUACGUAGAUCAGGUGAAGGCUGCCCUGCUGCAACUGGAGGUGUUGGAAGCAGGUAUUGAGGAGCGUCUCAAUGCUCCACCUGCUCCUUGCCUGUCCUGUGCUGACUGGUUCCUCCCUGCUGCCACAGCCCGCGACCGCCUGGACAGCCUGGCCUCUUCCUCCCCCGUCUUCAGCAAGCUAGCAGUGGCUGUCAAAGGCUCCGCCUCCGGGUCCAGAGGCCAUAGCCUGUUUGGGGAGAAGGCCCGGAGGUCCAGCCCCCAGAGGAGCCUGUCUGACAGUGGGAGUGAGGGACAGAUGGAUGCUGGGUCAGGGUCUGUUUCAUCAAUGGCUCCAGGCCUCAGUCCACAUUCCACCCCAGACUCAGGGAGGAAGCUGGGGGGGCGUCGAGACUCGCUGGGAUCUGGAGGGUCUCAUGGGAGUGGAGGUCUCUUCAAGAUUCCCAGAAUGAAGCACCCAAACCCAUUCUACCUAGGCACCCUGAAGAAGACCCUGACUGAAAGGGAGACAGAAGAGAUGUACAACACCAUGAAACUGACUUCAGGUGCAGAGAACACCUUGUUCCACUAUGUCUUGAUGGAAACAGUUCAGGGGAUCUUCAUCGCUCCGACUCACAGAGAGGUGGCUCAGCUCAGCGGCUCCAUCCACCCACAGCUCAUCCGCAACUUCCACCACUGCUGCCUCUCCAUACGGGCCGCAUUCCAGCAGAGCCUGCCGGCCAGGGACCGUCAGGCUGUAGACCGGCCUCAGGGCGGCGGUUGGGGUCUGGGUCCCGUGAAGGAACACGGGGUCCUGUUUCAGUGUAAACCGGAGAACUGGACCGACCAGAGGAAGCCUGCUCCCACCAUGACUUACUGGGUUAUAGGACGGAUGUUGCUCGAGCCCAUCCCUCAGGAGUUCUACGUGUGUUUCCAUGACUCGGUGGCAGAGGUUCCUGUAGAGAUGGCCUUCAGACUCUCCUUUGGCCUGGCCUUGUGAUUACGACAUCUGAUACAACUGACUCGAGGGGAACCGGGACUCAUCUGUGGCAUUGUUAGUCCUCUGGUCCUCCACGCACCGGAGCAGGUUGUUUAUUAUGAUCGACGGAUUGCUACGGCCUGCUGGUUCUUCAAGUAGCCUCCCAGCUCCUCACCACCAAGCUCCUUCGCUGCAGGAUGAGGGGUCACCAGAGGAGGACUGUGGGGUGGAGGAGCCACGGGUCACUGGGACUGGUUUGGUUACGGGCACCAGUGAACCACAACAGACUGUCUCGUUCAAAGAGUUGUGAGACAACCAGCAUAUUUAAAGGACUUUGUCACACAUCGCUAACUGAUUUGUGAGUGAUAAGUGUGAAUAUGUCCAUUAACAUCUUUAUAUGCACGGUGUGUCCAAACACUCUGGGGUAUCAGCUGUGUCUGGUGUCUAUUGGGAUUAGUGGGGCAUAUUUUCUGGAGGAUGUAUAAUAUUUACUGUUCAAUCUUGUGUUAUGAAGACAUGUUACUGGGGUUGGAAAAUGUGUUUCUUGCAUUUAGAAUGUUUGGAAACGGGGAUGUUUCUUUAUGGAGGAGGGGAGGUACGUCAGCUGUUCAGUUGAGUUACAUUUCUGUUGAGUAGUU